AGUGGGACCGUUAAGUGCAUUUUAAAGGAAAAAGUUGCUCAGAAUGUUUGUUUUUCAAAGCUGUUUUCUAUGCAAGUUUUGGAGUUGCAUCUUGACUAAUUAUUAAUCGAGUCCUUUUGAAAUUGUUUUUUUCCACCAGAGGAAUUUGAAGAAUUUCGGAGAAAAUAAUUUGAAGGACGCAUCAUAACACGUUGUCCCGAGUCCCGCUGGACUGCCAAUCGAAACAUUUUUCUUGUUGCGAACUUUGGGUUGGGGGACCAUGAAUCUAGUGGGCACUUACCAUCAACACCAUCACCAUAUGAUGCACGAUUCUUUUUUGUUGUCCCCGGCUUCUAGAUGUCACCAGGAGCGGCCCUACUUUUCAGGAUGGGUGUUCACUAGCCCUGCCAGCGAAGUGACACCGGAAUUCGGUUUUCAGACACCUUAUGGUAACGAAUUAGGGGUACCCGGUCCUGCUAUCCACAGCCACGGCCGUUUAGAGGCUUUUUCCGGACGCCUAGGUCGACGUAGGGGAGCCAGUGGCCCCAAAAAGGAGAGGCGUCGGACAGAGAGUAUCAACAGCGCUUUCGCAGAACUUAGGGAGUGCAUUCCAAAUGUCCCAGCUGACACAAAAUUGUCAAAAAUCAAAACACUGAGGCUGGCCACCAGUUACAUCGCGUAUUUGAUGGACGUGCUGGCCAAGGACAACCAGACGGGAGAGACAGAGGGGUUCAAUGUAGAGCUGAAGAAAAUUGACAGUAGAGAAGGCAAGAGGAAACGAGAAGUGAAUGAAAUCUUCAACAGCUCUAUGGGACACAGCGAAAAGAAGAUGAAAGGAAGGACUGGAUGGCCUCAGCAGGUUUGGGCUUUGGAACUCGGGCAGUAACGUGGGAAACCUGGUCUGUUUAUGAACAUCCAAAACAAUACCAUGAGGCUUUUACGGCUGGACGUGUAAGGGGAUGCUUUUGCCCUGACAUUUGUAGACCUUUUGACUCGUUUGUAUGCAAUCAUUUUAAUACAAAAGGCAGGAGUCUGCUUACCUGCACAAGAUGAUUCUAAGUGAUACAGACUGUGGAGGGCAUUAGUUUGAACAUUGACAUCAUUCACUAACAUUUAAAAAACUGACGAACAACAAGAAGUAUCCAGAAGCGUCUUUUCCUGUUGACUUGAACUGAGUUGCCUCAUGUAAAUAGUGCUGAAUGUUCUUUCAGUUUGUUGUUAUCCCAGGAAGCAAAAUUCAAGUUCCAAGUUUCCGGCGCACUUCAAGUGUCCAGUGUUUAAAAUUGUAUAAACAAACCACUGUGUUCUUUAAUGUAGACUUUAAAUGUAAAAUAUGUAUCCGUUUUGCCAUUGUUUGUCAGAAGUUGCUACGUUCUACCUCUUGGCUGACUAAUCUGCAGACCCCAAGCCUUUUGUCAACUCAUCCAUGUGUUUGUGAUGUUUAAUGUGUGGGUAUUCAGCUCAAGUGGAGAGAGAAUUUUAUCACUGGUACUGGUGCUUUCACAAAAAUGUAUUGGGCGUGUAAUGCGUGCCCCAGUUAGUAUACCUAAGAAGCAAGUUAGUACAGGACACAACGAGAAAAUAAGAGACGUUACUUCAGGUACAGGUUUGUACAUGACAAGACAGGUAAAUCAAGGUAGUGAAAGUGCAUGGGGUGGUUCAUUCUCUGCAAACUUCAGAUUCCUCAGUGCAAGCUGUGUGUGUAAUCUACUUCUGUGUCCACAUUGCUUCUUAAAAACUUGCAACAAACAUCAGGGCGGGCAAACUGUGAACUUUUGUGUUUACUGUUGAACUUUUAACUACAAAAGUGAACUUUAGAGGCAGUAUGUUUUUUUCUUCAUCUGCAUCUUGUGCUUUGUCCCCACGUCACCUACUAUAUAUAUUCCUUACUGCUGGUGGACUGAAGAGUGACCACUCUGCAACACGUGGUGGACUGAAGAGUGACCACUUUGCAACACGAACAUCUAGUGGUCUGUGAAGGUUGUAGUGUCUUAUUUUAUUCCUACCCCAUUUUCAACCAAAUACCCCCCCCCCAACCAAAGUCUGUUUAUUGGCUAGAAAUUGCACGUUAAACGACAUACUGUAGAACCAUACUAAGAACCUUUGCUGGGAGACAGAAGUGAGGAAGUGAAGCAGUAGCAAUGUGACCUAAAGCACUUUUGUCCCUACUAAGGGCAAGUAAAAGAACAAGUAGUGAAAGGCAGAUGUUAUGUAGAAAGUUGUCCGCAAUUGUUGUGACUGAAAAGAACUAGUAUGAUCCAAAAUUUUCAAAUGUCUGUCCAUAGAGAUGCUGUUCUGAUUAUUUGUGGUAUGUUUGGUGCUUCUCAAUGGGUAUAGCUUUUGUAAUGUGUACAACUGGCAGAAAAUCGUUUGCUGGGAAAUGUAAUUUCCAAAUGUGUAGAGGGAUUCUGAUUACUUGCGAAACUUGCCUAGAGUUAUUAAAUGAAUGCGUCUGGAUGAAUCUCCCCAAAGCCCAGUGACAUUUUAGUAGAUUAAUUAAAAACAAAAACAAUUAGCUGAACACAGUUGCAGAAAUUCUCUGGUAAAUAUAAGGCUAGUGCUGCCUAAAACAUGUCUUGUACGCAAAAAAAAAAAAAAACGGGAAAAAUGGGAGUGACGAAAUAGCAGACGUUUUACAUUUGUACUAAAGAAACUUCCAAAAAUAUUACCACUACUAGUAAGAAUAAUACUAAGUAAUACUAAUAAGCGGAUAAUCACGCAAACAUGAUGUUUUACAGUACAUACGCUUAUGUAGAGGGUGUGUAUGAAAAGGUCGAACUUGACAAAUACAUUCCCAGUGACUGCUAGUGCCUAAGCUCCGUGUAAUUGUCAAGUUUGCCUUCAUAUCAACAGGCUGUGAUUUAGGCCCUUGUUCCUCCUAGAUUUACCGAUGUUCCUUCUACAGUCAGACCUGUUUUUUGAGGUACGUCUUUUAUCAUCAGCUUCAUGGGCUUCUAUAAUUUGCAAAGGUCAAUGUUUUGAUUUAAGGUCGAAAGUUCAUUGUGUUGUCAGAUGUGUCCCCUUUUUCUCAAUACAGUCUUCAUUUAGGGAACGGCCUACUAUUAAAAAUGGCAAAUUUCUUGAUUUUAGGGAAAUGUAAUUUCUACUUUUUCUUUAAAUGUACUGUACAGAUGUUCAUGACUUCGGUAUAUAAAACUUCCAGACUUCAUUAUGUAUAUAUAGGUUUUCAAAUGCCUCAAAUGCCCAAACAAAUCCUCAUUUCAGCAACUGUUUACUAUUAAAGCAAAUGGCAACAUGUACUGAUUUUAGGAACUAUAUUUUAUACAUUUUCUUAAGGUAUGUCGCAGAAAUGUUAUAAUAAGAGGACUUCAAAACUAAUUGUCACCAGUUUUGAUAAUAAAAUGAAAAUCCAUCAUUUAUAGCUUUUAAAGAUGUAGUCCAUUCGAGUCUAAUAACAAAGGACUGUGUCCCACUUGGAAUGUCUAAAAAGAUGGCAAAAUUCCAUAGUACAUUUUGUUUUACUUGUCUUACGAGUGUGUCUUUGAGGAUGUGUUUGUGUUAUAUUUUGGAGGGUUUCUUAUAAACACAGAACAUCACAAACAGCACUGUUUCCGUAGAGCAUUUCAAAUGUGGCUCCAUUAAUUUUUAAUUUUUUUUAACGGAAUGGUUGAUUUUUUAAUUUUCUUUUACUAGACAUUUCAGGGUAAAUGAGUUAAUUUCAUGACAUUUCAGUAAUCAAUCAGUUUUCUAAGUCAGUAACCUUUAUAUUCAACUUAAAUAAACUGUUAUGUCUAGAAGUAAAAUGUUUAAUCCUGUGAGGAUCCACAACUCCUACAAGCUGCGCUCAUGCUAAAGAAGUACACGUUCAUUGAACUUGGACGGCAGUGGUUGUUCUAGUUGAUAGACAGGAAAAUGCAGUAAAUGGGCAGUAGGAAAAUGCAGUAAAUAAGUACAUUCAAAGAAACAAGACUAAUUGCACAAGUACUGAUGAUUGUCAUCAACAGCUGCGUUGGAAAAACACCGCUG